CAUUGCUUGGAUUUUGAAUUGCUACAUUCCCAAAUUAUCACAUCUGCUUAUAAAUUCAGCACAUAAGUUCUAAAUAAAAUGUGUGCUUGUAUUUGAGAGACAGAGAUGAAAGGAACACAUUGGAGGCUUAUUCUCAUUCUCAUAUUCCAACUUCAUCUUCAGGCAGCAUUAUGUGAUGCUGAGUUCAAUAAUGUCUGUAACUCUGUUCCAAAGCCGCAGCCGCCAGCAAGACAAUAUGAUUUCAUAUACUUUGUUCAACAGUGGCAAUUGUCUGUGUGUAACUUAAGGUCUUGCCUAAAACCAGCAAGGCAAGUUUUCAGCAUUCACGGUCUCUGGCCAGCUAGUUAUUCCAGGAAAACUCAAUGCAAUUGUGGUAGUGAGUUUGUUCCAAAAAAGAUUUCAGACCUCGUAGAUAAGUUGAACGUGGAAUGGCCAUCAAUGAUACACGAGGAUAAUACCUUGUACUGGAAAAAUGAGUGGGAAAGCCAUGGAAUAUGCUCCGAAGCUGUACUCCCUCAGCGUGCUUAUUUUGAUGCAGCACUAAAACUUAAGCAAAAAUAUAGCCUCGUGAAUAUCCUAGCACAGAAAGAUAUUUAUGCAAGUGGAAACGUCUACAGCAAAGGUAGCAUUACCGAUGCCAUUAAAACAGCUACGGGGCACAGUCCACAAAUACAGUGCAACUUAUACAAGGAAAUACCUCUGCUCACACAGAUUUUCCUGUGCUUAGACUACAAUGCAACUAAGAUCAUUGAGUGCCCCCCGAGCAAGAGAUGUCAGUAUGAGGAUUUAAUGAUUCCUUACUCUUUGUUUAAUACCUAGACAAAGGAAAAAAAAAUGCUGACAAAAGGGGAAGGGCUUUUCUUUUCCUAUCUGAAAAAAUUGGGAAGUUUUCCAAGGAAAACGUUAUCUUCUAUUUGUAACUAUGUUUGUAUGGUGAGAUAGAGGGAAAAGAAAAUGGAGUAGUUCACUCCAGGAAAUUUUCACUGCUGUAGUAUUUGGAUUAUGGGAACAUGAUCACUAUCAAAUAUUAGGCUAAGGCCUUCAAUUUCACA